AUGAUGGCGGCGGCGCUGCCCGUAGAGGGCUCGGAAGCGGUGGACGUACAGCUGAUUCGGCGGCGAAUGCAGCAAGGUGUGCCUCCUCAAGACGUCCAGGAGUAUCUAUGGCGUGUUAGACUUGAAGCAGAGGGAAUUCCAGACGUUGUGGUGGCUCCAGACGUCGAUCCACGACAGUUCGAUGCCCAACAGACGAGUAACAUGCCAAAGCUUCAGACCUUCGGCCUCGAGGAAACAGAUCCGCAACGAGUACCAGACUGCAAGUGGAAAAGAGAAUUACUGGCAGAUUUUGCCGAGUUACGGCAGCUAAUCACUCGGUGGGAAGCCAUCGGAGCGCCUAAAGCUGAGACCGUAAGAAGUGGCGACGUCCCCGUUGAGAUAUUGCGUACGAACGUGCCCAGAAUGAGAGAUGAGGAAGGAUGGAUCGGUUUCUUCUUUGGUAGACCAGGGGCAGAGUUGUCAGCUACUCCACCGCACUUGCGACUAUUGUUGCAGUUUGAUCAGGUGCUGACAAGGAAGCUGCUGGACUAUCAUGCGGCUUGGCUCAGCGACGAGAUGACACCACUCUCACGGGCGCGAGCAGUUUGGAUAUAUGCGUUGCUGGCUCGGCUGGAUAAACCAGUUCAUGCUAGUGUGGCUGCAACGAUUCGACAAAUUCUACGACGCUGUUGGACAUUGAGGUGUGAGCUGGAAAAACCGUCGGAGAUGCAGCUCAAGUCACUAAACAUUCUUAUCGUCAUUGCCGGGGAUUUCUUUGGUCAGCUGCAUGACUUGGAGUGA